CCACGAUUAUUUUUUUUUUCAGUCAUACAAACGAUAAUUUGCUUGAUUGCACAGCUGGCACAAUAUGUAUUGUACACACAAUUUAGUCAACAGUGUUGAUCACGCGUUAUAUAUACGAACAUAAAAAUGACUAUUAUAUCCUCUCGGCUGGAUCGAGGAACCGUGUAUGUGUACGAACCUAGCUGGGACAGCAUUAGUUCGCCGCAUAUUGAUCAACGAGAUAUGUUGUGAACUGCAUUUACAUUUGAAACUUUCCACAUGUAAGAACACUGUCUGGUCUAUCGGGAGUUUGAAAUCCUGAAUGCUUCACAAAAAGUACGUUUUCAAGUUUUAGUAGUAAGAUGUUGGAAUCAUUUUCAGUGAGGAUUUUCACAAUGUACCCUCGUUACAGCGUUCGCUUUGUGGCGUUCAUUGUCCUGUUCAUCGUCGCGAUCAUUUACAUGAGUAUAGAUAGGCCUACCUCAUGUCUGACUUGGAACGAUGUGGAUACAGAUCGAACACACAACCGGCAUCGAAUCAGGAAGAUGAAUGGAGAUUCUAAUAUUCGUUCUUUUGAACGCAUACCUGGUCACGAUUAUGGCUAUAUUCACAAUCCUCGAAACACCUGCAGGGGCGACGAUGACCAACAAGAAUUAGUUUUUCUUCUGUUUCUUGUCAUGUCAACCCCACAGGAGACGAAGAGACGAGAAGCUAUAAGAGCUACAUAUGCAAAUGAAAGUAAUUGGCCGAUCAUGAAGGAGGGCAACAUAAGGACUGUAUUCCUUAUAGGCGACGUCGACGCGCAUGAUUACACAAUCCAAGAUGCUAUCAAUGGUGAAAUGUACUAUUACGGCGACAUCGUGCAGUCGACCGAGUUCGUGGACGAUCCCGUCAAUCAGACAAGGAAGAUCUUGAUGGGUUUUCGAUGGGUCGGAGUUCACUGUCGUCACGCCCGCUACGUCAUAAAAAUAGACGACCGUAGCAUGGUGAACCAACGUGCUCUUCUCAAACAUCUCAACAGGAAAAAUCCUUUUCUGCACAAAUUCAUCUUGGGUGACGUAGUGACAAAAGUCCGAGUAACGCGUGAUAAAAGAAAUUGGGAUUAUAUACCUCGUGAAAUCUAUCCUAAUCCAACUCUGCCACCCUAUAUCAUUGGUACAGGGUACGUACUAUCACCAGACCUUGCUCAAGCUAUUUACCAAGUAUCCCAUCGUAUCCCCGUUUUCCCAAAUACCGAUGCUUACGUCGGACUUUGUCUUCAAAAACUCGGUAUCAAAUUAACAAAGACUGUUGAUAUAUAUUUCUCAAAGAGAAUUGGCUAUGAUUACAUUGGACGUGAAGCCAUUGAUAUUUUUGAUCGAUCUAUAGUCGUGCCGUAUGUACCCGAAAGUAAGAUGUACCUUACUUGGCGGCUAGGUCAAUUAUGAAGUGAAUAUACUCUUAAAGGUAUAGACCAGUUUUGGA